AGGAUUGGCUUAAUUACCGUAGAAAAUACCAUUAAGGGACAACAACUCAAGUGUACAUCCCAUAACUUCUACAAACCGCUAUAAUACAUGUCUCCGAUUUCAACACUAUUCACCGACAACACAAUACUAAUCGAUGUUAAACCUUACGCAAUUCCCGUUCUCAUCGCUAUCUUAUCGAUUCUGUUAUACCGCUUCAAACGCUCUCCCCAUCCGCCUCUACCGCCUGGUCUUCGAGGGCUACCUAUCGUCGGGAACCUGCCCUUUCUUGACCCGGAUCUUCACACAUACUUCACAAACCACGCUCAACGUCAUGGUCCAAUCUUCAAACUUUAUCUUGGUUCAAAACUAGCCGUCGUGGUCAACUCUCCAGCACUAGCUCGAGAGAUCUUGAAAGACCAAGACAUCAAUUUCUCAAACCAUGACGCCCCUCUCACAGGCCGAGCCCUUACCUAUGGCGGUCUCGACCUUGUUUGGUUACCGUACGGUGACGAAUGGAGAAUGCUUAGAAAAGUUUGCGUUCUCAAGCUUCUUAACCGCAAAACGUUGGAUUCUUUCUACGAGCUCCGACGCAAAGAAAUGCGGGAAAGAACGAGGUAUUUGUACCAGAAAGGUCAAGAAGAAUCACCGGUAAACGUCGGAGACCAGAUCUUUUUGACGGUGAUUAAUCUCACGAUCAAUAUGUUAUGGGGAGGCUCUGUGAAAGCAGAGGAAAAGGAGAGUGUUGGAAUAAAGUUUAAAGGAAUUAUAUCUGAAACAAUUAGGCUUUUGGGAGUGGCUAACGUUUCUGACUUUUUCCCAUUGCUAGCUAGAUUUGAUCUUCAGGGACUUGUGAAGAAGAUGCAUGUCUGUGCUCGAGAGGUUGAUGCGAUACUUGAUCGAGCCAUCGAACAGAUGCAAGAACUAAGACGUAAGGAUGGUGAUGAUGGUGAAUGUAAAGACUUUUUGCAACAUUUGAUGAAGUUAAAGGAACAAGAAGCUGACUCGGAGGUUCCUGUUACACUUAACCAUGUCAAAGCCGUACUUGUGGAUAUGGUAGUUGGUGGUACAGAUACUACAACCAGCACGAUAGAGUUUGCGAUGGCCGAACUAAUAAGCAACCCAGAGUUGAUGAAGAGAGCGCAACAAGAGCUAGACAAUGUUGUAGGCAAAGAUAACAUUGUUGAAGAAUUACACAUCACCAAACUUCCUUACGUAGUAGCCAUUAUGAAAGAAACACUUAGACUUUAUCCAACCAUUCCUUUGCUUGUCCCUCGUCUUCCGACUGAAACCUCGGUUGUGGGAGGCUACACCAUCCCUAAGAAUACUAAGACCUUCAUCAACGUUUGGUCUAUUCAGAGAGACCCACAAGUUUGGGAUUAUCCGACUGAGUUUCGUCCUGAGAGGUUUCUUGAUAAUAAGUCUUGUGAUUUUACUGGAACAGAUUAUAGGUUUCUUCCAUUUGGAUCUGGAAGGAGAAUUUGCGUCGGUGUAGCACUCGCCGAGAGGAUGAUUUUGUACACUCUCGCAACACUGUUACAUUCGUUCGACUGGAAGAUUCCCGAAGGUCAGGUGUUGGAUUUGGAAAAGAAGUUUGGGAUUGUCUUGAAGCUGAAGACGCCUCUUGUCGCCCUGCCCGUCCCGAGAUUGUCUAAUUCAAAUCUUUAUUUGUAAACGCGAAAAUCUUCAUAUAAGAAUCUUAUUUCUUAAAAGGUAAAAGAUUGUCAUAUUGUUACUAAUAUACAAGAAACAAAAAAUUACUAGGUCUUUGGGGUGAAAGUACAAUGCGUUUUUGAAGUUUUAACCAGGAAACUUACUGAAGUAGGACUACUUGUAAAUCUUGUUGGGUAAAAGUACAAUGCGUUUUUGCUUUA